AGGAGAGGGGGAGAGAGAGAGAAGGGGAGAGGAGUGAGAGAGAUUGGAUGGGAGGAGAGUUCCCAUCAAAUCUGUAGACCCCGAUCUCCAAUGAGCUGAAUCGAUCUUUGUUUCCAUCUACAUUCCCUUUCCUUUGCUGGAGGAGUGAGAGAGACCUCACCUAGUUGUCGAGAGCUUUGGGUAAAGCCAUGGCGGCCAAUGCAGGAAUGGUCGCGGGAUCGCACAACAGGAACGAGUUCGUCAUGAUUCGCCACGAAGGAGAAAACGCGCCCAAGGCGCUGAAAAAUGUGAAUAGCCAAGUGUGUCAGAUAUGCGGUGACACUGUAGGCCUUUCAGCUACAGGCGACGUUUUUGUUGCUUGCAAUGAGUGCGCCUUUCCAGUUUGCCGGCCUUGUUAUGAGUACGAACGCAAGGAUGGGAAUCAGUGUUGCCCUCAAUGCAAGACUAGGUACAAGAGACAAAAAGGUAGUCCUCGAGUUGAAGGAGAUGAAGAGGAGGAAGAUGUGGAUGAUUUGGACAAUGAGUUCAGCUAUAAGCAAGGCAAUGGCAAGGGAGUGCAACAGUGGCAACUCCAAGGCCAGGGGGAGGAUGCUGAUUUAUCAUCAUCUUCUCGACAUGAGCCUCACCGAAUUCCCCGUUUGACCAGUGGGCAGCAGAUUUCUGGGGAAAUACCUGGUGCUAGUCCUGAUCGCCACUCUAUUCGAAGUCCAUCCUCGGGCUACAUUGAUCCCAGCAUGCCAGUUCCUGUAAGAAUUGUGGACCCUUCAAAGGACUUGAAUUCGUAUGGGCUCAAUAGUGUUGACUGGAAGGAAAGAGUUGAAGGUUGGAAACUUAAACAGGACAAAAAUAUGAUGCAAAUGACUCAUAAAUACACGGAAGGUAAAGGAGGAGAUAUUGAAGGAACUGGCUCAACUGGUGAAGAACAGCAAAUGGCUGAUGAUGCUCGUCAACCUUUGAGCCGCAUAAUUCCCAUUCCAUCCAACCAACUAAAUCUUUACCGCAUUGUGAUCAUUCUCCGUCUUAUCAUCUUGUGUUUCUUCUUCCAGUAUCGUGUAACUCAUCCAGUGUCUGAUGCUUAUGGAUUGUGGUUAACAUCCGUUAUAUGUGAGAUUUGGUUUGCUAUAUCUUGGCUUCUCGAUCAAUUCCCAAAGUGGUCUCCCAUCAACCGCGAAACCUACCUGGACCGCCUAGCAUUAAGGUAUGAUAGGGAUGGAGAACCAUCACAGCUAGCUCCAAUCGAUAUUUUUGUCAGUACAGUGGAUCCUCUCAAGGAACCUCCUCUUGUAACGGCCAACACUGUGCUCUCUAUUCUCGCUGUGGACUAUCCUGUAGACAAAGUGUCGUGCUAUGUCUCUGAUGAUGGGUCCGCAAUGUUGACUUUUGAAGCCCUCUCGGAGACUGCAGAGUUCGCAAGGAAGUGGGUGCCCUUUUGCAAGAAGCACAGCAUCGAACCGAGGGCUCCGGAAUUUUAUUUUGCUCAAAAGAUUGAUUACUUGAAAGAUAAAAUCCAACCUUCAUUUGUGAAAGAACGCCGUGCAAUGAAGAGGGAGUAUGAAGAAUUCAAGGUACGAAUUAAUGCUCUAGUUGCCAAAGCACAAAAAACCCCAGAGGAAGGUUGGACAAUGCAAGAUGGCACUCCUUGGCCUGGAAAUAACCCAAGAGAUCACCCUGGCAUGAUCCAGGUCUUCUUAGGGCACAGUGGUGGGCUUGAUACAGAUGGUAAUGAGCUGCCUCGCCUUGUAUAUGUUUCUCGUGAGAAGAGGCCAGGUUUCCAGCAUCACAAGAAAGCCGGUGCAAUGAAUGCUUUGAUUCGAGUGUCUGCUGUCCUAACAAAUGGUGCCUACCUUCUAAAUGUGGAUUGUGAUCACUACUUCAAUAACAGCAAAGCUCUUAGGGAGGCCAUGUGUUUUAUGAUGGACCCUGCACUGGGAAAGAAGACAUGUUAUGUUCAGUUUCCUCAAAGAUUUGAUGGCAUUGACCUGCACGAUCGAUAUGCCAAUCGCAACAUCGUCUUUUUUGAUAUAAACUUGAAAGGUUUAGACGGCAUUCAGGGUCCUGUGUACGUCGGGACAGGAUGCUGCUUUAACAGGCAAGCGCUAUAUGGUUAUGAUCCUGUGCUGAGUGAGGCUGAUUUGGAACCUAAUAUCAUCGUUAAGAGCUGUUGUGGUCAAAGGAAGAAGGGAAAGGGUGGAAACAAGAGUUACAUUGAUAAGAAGCGGGCUGUGAAGAGAACUGAAUCCACCAUUCCCAUCUUCAAUAUGGAAGACAUGGAGGAAGGUGUUGAAGCAUAUGAAGACGAGCGGUCUUUGCUCAUGUCUCAGAAGAGUUUGGAGAAACGAUUUGGUCAGUCUCCCAUCUUUAUUGCAUCCACCUUCGUGGAGCAAGGAGGUAUACCACCAUCAACAAAUCCAGCUUCUCUGCUAAAAGAAGCCAUCCAUGUUAUUAGCUGUGGUUACGAGGACAAGACCGAGUGGGGAAAAGAGAUUGGCUGGAUAUAUGGUUCGGUUACUGAGGAUAUCCUUACUGGUUUUAAGAUGCACGCACGGGGAUGGAUAUCGAUUUACUGCAUGCCCCCUCGCCCUGCAUUCAAGGGUUCCGCUCCGAUCAAUCUUUCAGAUCGUCUCAACCAAGUGCUUCGAUGGGCCUUGGGGUCGGUUGAAAUUUUACUUAGUAGACAUUGCCCCAUUUGGUAUGGUUACAGUGGGAGGUUGAAGCUUUUGGAAAGGCUUGCGUACAUUAAUACAAUAGUUUAUCCAAUCACCUCUCUCCCUCUGAUUGCCUAUUGUGUGCUACCAGCUAUCUGUCUUCUAACUGGAAAAUUCAUUAUUCCAGAGAUAAGCAACUACGCAGGAAUUUGGUUCAUUCUUCUCUUCAUUUCUAUCUUCGCUACUGGCAUUUUAGAGCUUAGAUGGAGUGGUGUAGGGAUUGAGGACUGGUGGAGGAACGAGCAAUUCUGGGUGAUCGGUGGAACAUCAGCACAUCUCUUCGCUGUAUUCCAGGGCCUUCUUAAGGUACUAGCCGGGAUUGACACUAACUUCACUGUGACGUCAAAAGCAUCAGAUGAUGAUGGUGAUUUCGCUGAACUAUAUAUUUUCAAAUGGACCAGUCUCAUCAUUCCUCCGACCACUGUCUUAGUAAUAAACUUAGUUGGUAUAGUUGCGGGGGUCUCGUAUGCGAUCAACAGUGGCUACCAAUCUUGGGGCCCUCUUUUUGGGAAGCUAUUUUUCGCGAUUUGGGUGAUUGUCCAUCUCUACCCCUUCCUCAAAGGUCUUUUGGGCCGACAGAACCGUACCCCGACCAUUGUUAUUGUUUGGUCCAUACUACUAGCGUCCAUCUUCUCAUUGCUUUGGGUGCGUAUCGAUCCUUUCACCUCUCCAUCCCAGAAGGCCGCAACGAUGGGCCAGUGCGGUGUGAAUUGCUGAUUCUUAUUAAGACUUAUUUUCCAAGGAAGGUUUGUUUCUCCAGGCCGUAGUGUAGAUACUGAAGUAUCUUAUUGGAAAAGUGAGAGUUUGGUAUGCAUGCUUGUUUCUCCUUGGUGUUGUUGCCAUCAUAAGUGCAGUAGUGAAGGUGUUACAAAAUGUGGGCGUCCAGAUCUUUAUUUAUUUAUUUUUCUUUAUAGAAAACAUGUAAUGGCGUUUACUUGUCAAGUUUAUGCAUGUUAUUUAUGUAAACUAACGGUAAUAAUUAUAUGUUUAUGUAUGAGACCAUCCAACUUGCUGUAUCUCUCAUUGCCAAUCUGAGAAACUUCAUGUUGGAAGUGGGUAGCUGAGUUUCUUUAUAAACCAAA